UAACGUCAAGGUUUUUGAUAUCCUCACAUCAUAAAUCUCAACAAUCUUCAACAGUGCACCAUUUUACCUUUCGCUUCCAAAGAACUCGCGAAGAUGGUUUUCGACAAAGUGUCUUAUAUUUUCGCGUUGGCUUUCCUAUACAUUUCUUAUUCAGAAUGUACUUUYACUGAAUGCGAAAAAAACUAUCUACCACAAUGCGGGCAUGUAUUCGUCAGUACCUGGAAAAAUGCUGAUCCGAAUGCUGACAUCAGUGAAGAGUAUUGCAAGGCCUUUCAGAGUUAUGGAAAAUGCCUGAGUGAGGACUCAAGAUCGUGCUCAGGCACUAUCAUCGGUCUUUUACGUCAAGGCAUUGCCGACCACUUGCUUGUCAACAAAAAAACAGCUCUCUGCCCAAAUAUGGAUUUUUCAGCCCUUAUUGCAAAUCUGGAAGCUUUGGCAAAAGCAAACAUACCAUCAGCUGUUGCCAGCCUUUUCAACUUGAAGAAACUUGAUGGAGAUGUGGCUGAAGCCUGUGACAUCAAGGCAAGCCGAGAGUGUGCAAAUUACAUCGCGGGAAACUUCAUAAAUCACUUCAAAGCAAACCAAGGCGCAUGUCUGGCAAARGAAGCMGAUGAAUACAUUUUUACCUGCUUUGAAGCAAAGGGGGAUCAGUGCAAUGGAAAGUUGACYAAUAAAUUCCGUGAAACAAUUAAGAAAAUAGGAAAGCUGAUCAUGGAUGAACAAAGGCCACUUCUGGACAACUGCUAGAGAGGGACUGAAAUAGUUAGGAUGGAUGUUAUUCGUUUCAUUCUUAAACAUCUUUGUAUUAGUGAUGAAAAUCAAAAUAAAUUCGACUCUUGCAGCGCA